UCCUCGUGCACAUCAUUCAACGUUCCGAAAAGCUCAAGCUUCGGUUGCUCGCAUGAUAUCUCUGCACGGUCUCGUCUAGAUCGUGUCCCUUACUAGACAUAAUGCGUCAAUUUCUGCAACGCUUCCUGACCUUCCGCACUCCCACAGACAUUGAAAGCAAACAGGUGGUUUCCAACGAACAGAAGCAGCACUGGCCUGUGACCAUGGCUGAGAUGCUACCUCUACUGAUCGUGCUCGGCUGCUUGAGCGUAGCAUUAUACUUUGUCCUAGCACCACGAAGAGUGGUUCCUGUUCAGCCACCGGUGAUCACGAUGAUCCGGCCAGAAGGACAGGUGACUGGCCGGAAUGAAUUAUCGGGUGGCGGCCUCCUGGUCGGUCAUGCGGAAGAAGGGGCAGGUAUGAUACCCUCUAGUAGCCUCCCGCGAGACGAAGACGUGGCUUCGACAAGUGACACUGAACCUGUCGUCAUAACACCGCGCGGCAAUCACACGGUGGUUCGUAACAAGGACCAGCGCUGUGGCGUGAAGGCACACUUCACCCGGUGCUCGAGCGACAAUCAAAUGGACAAGUUCUUCUUCCAAGCGGACGAGCACAGCUGCGUGUCGUUAACGGCGGUUCCACCGCCGCCUUGCCUGGUGGGCUCCAACCGUUUCCGUUCAAUGCACGACUGCAAAAAAGCUUGCAAUGACCAGCCCGUGCCGCAAGAGAAGUGCUCGUUCCCGGCCGAGUUCCACACCUGUACUCCGAGUGACAUCUCCCGGAACUGGUACUUCGUCCGCAACGGGACUUGCGUGGCUUGGCACUUCCGUGGAGGUAACUGCGUCUCCCCCCGACUUCCCCUGUUCCGCAGCGAGGAAGACUGCCGUACCUUGUGUCUGGGAGGACGGGCGAGCGAGCGGCGCCCCGCUUGCUCAGAUUCCCCAGUUGAGCACGUCUGCUCGCCGCUUCAUAUGCGGUUCCCGGUGUACUCAGUGAGCAGGGGUCACCACAAGAUUUCGUGCGUCACUGUGGACACAGCUGAACCGCGGUGCCUGAGCGGGACUAAUCGUUUCCGCAGCAAGCGAGAGUGUGAGCAAGCCUGUCUCCAGUGAACAGGCUUUUUCGUUAUGUAGCAUAUUGUGGUAAACUGUAAUCGUUAGUAAACUAAGCCAUUUUUCGAGCAGUGUGCCCUUCUCCUGUACUGUGAAUAAAACAGUUGGAAUGAAAUAGCGAA